UUAGACUUCACCCGAGAUGGUUCGUACAUGGCCCUGGCGGAGAGGAGAGACUGUAAGGACUACAUCAGUGUCUUCUCCUGUAAACAGUGGCAGCUUAUGAAGCACUUUGAGACAGACACCAAAGACCUGGCAGGGAUAGAGUGGGCUCCUAAUGGCAGAGCUCUGGCUGUCUGGGACUCCAUUCUAGAUUACAAACUGCUGUUGUACUCCCUGGAUGGGCGCUGCCUGUCUGCCUACAGUGCGUAUGAGUGGGCACUCGGCAUCAAGUCUGUCUCCUGGUCACCAUCAAGCCAGUUCCUCGCUGUCGGCAGCUUCGAUGAAAAGGUUCGUUUGCUAAAUCACCUGACCUGGAAGGUGAUCAUCGAUUUCCCCCACCCUCCCCUGGUGGAAGGCAAGGCUGUUGUUUACAAAGAGAUAGAGAAGAAGCUCCCCCGUCUGCAGGGAGAAGUGGACCCUCCUGGUGGAGCUGUGUUCACAGGAUCCAGCCACUAUGAGGUGAUCUCAGAGCGGCCAGCCCAGGUUCCUGUUGUGAAGGCUGACCCAGAGAAGGCCAACCCUAAGAUCGGAGUCAGUCUGGCUGCCUUCAGUCCUGACAGCAAGUAUCUCGUUACCAGAAAUGACAACAUGCCGUGUGCGCUGUGGAUCUGGGACAUCCGACAGUUGGCACAGGUGGCCAUCCUGCUGCAGGCAGCGCCUGAACAUGUGGAGUGGGACCCCUGUCAGCCCAGACUAGCCUUCUGUACAGGCACCAACAAAGUCUACAUGUGGUCACCUGCAGGGGCCUUGUCUGUGGAUGUACCUGUCGAAGCGUCCUUCCUAGUGCAGUCCCUGAGAUGGCACCCAGAGGGCGGCGCUGUACUGCUCAUGGGAAGGGAGAACAUGUGUAUGUGCUUCAUCGACCGUGAAAAGAACAGGUGACAAUAACUUUCAAGAAGAGAUGGAUCACACAACUGUCAAUCACAAGGCAUAAUGUUAGAUGUGUAUACAUAGUAAUAUAUAUGAUAUUGUUUGGUAUAUGUAGGCAACAUCCUAAUAAGUAACAUGCAAGUUUUGCAGACUAGAUGGACUGUAUGAACGUUUAAAUGACAGCUUUAUUGACACACACAGAAAAAAAUACACAUAAAUAGAUAAAGAACAUAUGCUUAGAAUACUUAGAACAUUCAAACUAUGCUUACAGUAAUGUGUGUUGUACAAAAUUGGGGUAACGUUAUAUAGCUUUGGUACAUUCAAGGGCAUACAUGUAGCAUUGUUUGGCAGUCUUGCAUUUGACAUUGAGAAGUGAAACAAAAUUUGAGAGCAAAAUUAUACUUGUACAUGUAUUACAAAACAUAAACACAUCAUCUGUAAUCUGACCACAAAAGAUUUCAUAUAAAAGUUCUAUAACUACAGUUACUGUAAAUAUAAU